AUGAAGUUCAUCAAGGCUCUCAUUCCUCUAGGUCUCGUGCUGGCCCCCAAUGCACAAGCUUGUUUGACACACGAAGAGCGAUACGGAAUCCCCCAGCACACUCUCCAGCGUCGACAGACUACCAACGACAGUGGACUUGCCAUUGGGACCGGUGACAGGUUCAAUGACGGUACCAUCGUACCCAGAGGGUUGGGGACGCAGCCCUGGCAGACCGAGAUGGGCGAAAUUCUCAGUGUGAAGGAGAUCGCAAGUGGUUUCAAGGCCCUGGUGAGGGAGUACAACCUGACUGCCUUCGAGAGUCCCUACACUACUUACGAGAAUGCAACUAUCUACGGUGCUCAGGUCGGUGGGAACGGCAAGGGUGACUGUUCGGUUCACGCUCUCUUCUCGGCUGCGGCUCAUGCCCGAGAGAGAGGAGCCCCUGACAAUCUGCUGUACUUCGUUGCAGAUCUGCUCUAUGCAUACAAGAAUAAGCAAGGCUUAAGAUACGGAGGUCGAGGUUUCACUUUCGAGGAAGUGAGCCAAGUGUACGAUGUCGGCCUCGCUUUCAUCCCCCUCAUCAACCCAGACGGAGUUGCUUGGGAUCAGCAAACCAACACCUGCUGGCGCAAGAACCGCAACCCCGCGGCGGCAAAGCCUGGAGACCCUAACUCCAUCGGUGUCGACCUGAACCGCAACUUUGACUUCCUAUGGGACUUCAACAAGUACUUUGAGCCUGAAACAGCCAAGUUCGUCGCGUCCAGAAACUCAUCUUCCCUGAACUUUUCCGGAGCCGGGCCUGCCUCUGAGCCCGAAACCCAGACCAUCGUUUGGGUCCUCGACAAGUUCCCAGCGGUGAGUUGGUUCCUGGACAUUCACUCGUUCAACGUCGGUACGGUGUUGUACAACUGGGGCAGCGACGACAUGCAGACCACCGACCCGGCCCAGAACUUCCGGAACGACAGCUACAACGCCGUGCGCGGCCUGAUGGUGGAGACGGAACCCAACGAGCUCAAGGCCUACCGCGAGUACACCACCCGCCAGCAAUGGUCGGACUGGAUCUACACCGCGAUGCGAAUGUGCAACGCCAUGGAAGCCGCUUACAACGGCAGCAACUACGUGGCGCAGCAGUCCUCCCACCUGUACCCCACGUCCGGGAGCGCCAACGACUAUGUCACCGCGAGGAACAUCCUCAACCCGGCCCUGAGCAAGAUCAAUGGAUACACCGUCGAGUUCGGCUUCGGGAACAAGGACAUCCCCUCCUGCUAUUUCUAUCCCAACUCGGAAAUCUAUCAUUCGAACAUGUACGAAACGGGCGCCGGGUUCAUGGAGUUCCUCCUGACGGCCCGCGAGGUCGGACUCGACGGAGGUGGUAGCUGUUCCGGCAUCUGA